CGCCUGUCGGGCCGCUCAGGCUCCUUAUCAGUAACUUACAGUGUUCAGUGAUAACAACAUGGUGUUUCCGGACAGCUUUCUGCACGACCCCCAACAUCCUCAUUCUGCUAUAAAUAUAGAAGAUGAGGACGUGCACAGUGAGAUGUCACAGACGGAGGCACCAGGACCUUGGUUCAUCCCUCGGCCCGCGCUGUGUAGGGACGCUACAACCUGCGACUGUAACUCAUCCCGGUCCAUACAGACUGUUAGCGAAUGGCUUAGUCCCUCAACUAGCAGCACUCCUAGUAGUAGCAAGUCCAGCACACAGAGCGGAUCAUCAGGAACACUAUUGCUGACAGCAGCGAAUCUAGCAGCCUUGCGGUUAGAGCAACAGAUAGCCAAACCCUAUGACACACAGUCACUAGCCAGCUCUACACACUUCACGGUAGUCAACGGCAUGAGUCGUAAGCCUCUACAGAAGACAGCUGAUUGCUGUCGUACGUGCCACAAACACCAACUGACAGCAGUAGUAGUCACGGUUUGUGGCCUGUUCCUCAUAGGGCUCAGUCUAGCAGUUUAUUAUAUUGACAUGAGAGCAAGAGGUGCCCUUAGUUGAACUGACGAAGAACUUAAGCAGUAUUAAAUAAAAAGACACCGGUGUCUUUAUUUAUUCUAUAUUAAUAUUUGUAAAUAUUUAAAAUACCAGUCGACUGGUCUGUGAUGUAUCAAUCAAUUAAUUAUUUUAUGUAUUUGUCAUUUUAUGUCUCCAAAGACAGUAUGUGUAUGUUUUAUGUAA